AUGUUGAGCCUCCGGACUGCUGCCGCGUCGCCACCUGUUGGUGGACGAUCACGAUACUCAAAGGCGUUGCCGUCUGUCCCCGUUGACGACAGCCAACGUGUCGCUGACCUCCCGCCGCUGCCGUUACCGAAAGACCUGUCUGAAUUUCAGUUCCCUCUGCCUCCGCGGAAAUCGUCUCGAGGGACUGAUACCAGCAAAAGCAUACCCAGAAAACCUGUCGGCUCGUCUUCAUCAAAACCCGCUGCGCCCCCGUCCGUCUCGCCCAGCAUCAAUUCACCCACGUCGUCUCCCUCUGCUUCCAAGCCCGUCGUCGGGAAAGCAGCUACGGCUAUUACAAGAGCACCGGAACCACCAGUGUCGUUGCAGGCACAGCCUCUUCGUGCUGUCGCCCCUCCUGAGCUUUCGCCCACGGAUUCCAUCUGCAGUCUAUUGUCCGCCUAUUCUCGCGAACCUGAUGCCCCCAUGUCCGGUAGCACUUACACGACAGCAAGCAAAGUCAACAGCCUUCAUGACUCCAAUCGCAGUCCGCCGCCGCUGGGCAACGACGGACUAUCAGCUGGCGGCCACGCUUAUUCACAAACACCAACGUCUGCAGUGGAAGGUGAGCAAAGCUCUGAACACAAGGACCAGAGCCGCCCUGCGCCGUCUCUAACACAGGACGACGCAUCCUGUCCCACUUGGUCGCCUCCUCCAGAACCGCUACCCGUCGCACCGCCACCUGAUAAAACGUUGCCUCCUCGGCUUAAAAUUUGGAAACGUCGGCCACAGACCGCCGAGAAGAACAAAGAGCUUCCCGACCUGAAACUGAGCUAUAGCCACGGUUCGACUGCCUCAACCUCGACGAUCCAGUCCAUUGAAACUGCCGUGCUUCUGGCCUAUCCCAACAACGUAGCCUCUGAAUACAAGCCCACAGAAGAGGACAAACAGGACCCGACGCCGCGGACUCCCGCUGUCGGCCUGCCUGGUCGCAACAUCAAGCCAGCGUCUGGGGACAAGAGCCAAGUAACAGAAGAGCAGAUGGGGAGUGUCGUUUCAAAGAUGCAACGCGUGGUGGGGAAAGUUCAGAAUCCCCGUACCCCCGUGGAACGUAAGAACUUGCCCACUCGCGGAGAUAGCAAGAGACCGCCCACGCCUGAAUACCGGAAGGGAGAUGGUCCUCCUUCUUCUCAAGCGGACAUUGUCGUCUUGAAGCCUGCCUCACCUGUCUCAACAACCGGCUCGCCAAAGGAAGGAGUAUUGACUGUUACACCCAAAUGGCUGCCUUCACAGCCGAUCGCGCCAUUGAGAUCGCAGCCAGUCCCGCCGAGUUUUGUUUCUAUUCCCCCCAUCGCCCCAACAUCUACGACAAAAAGGCUGCCUCAAGCUGCACCGGACCUCCGCCUCGCCACAACUCUUCUAGAACAGAAACGGAACAGCCCCUCUCCGUCCAAAGAAGGGUCCCCCACGGCCGCCUCACAAUCCCCGCCUGUGAAUGACAGCAACCGUGGCACCAGCGCCUCGUCCCUUUCUGAGUCGAGCUGCAUCUCGUCCGGUCAGAAUGAUGUGACUGGGCACAGUGCUGGAGAACCUCAACGGCCUGCGACGGCAAACGACUCAUCUGAUCCGAGGAUCGUCACUUCAGAUACACACGGACCGAUGUACCGAGGACGUGAUGGAACUCUGUAUGGAGAAAUGAAGGUCGUGCAAGAGCCGAACCCCAGAGCAGCAUACUUUCCUAUUCAGACGGAUAAGCCUCUGCCACCAGGCGCCAUCAUUCCUUCGAGGCCUCUUAACAGGACACAUUACAACUGUUUCCAGAAGCAUCGAACGAUGAAUCGCAGGUCGAACCGAAAUCAUCCGCUCACCUGUCAAACGUGUGACAAAGCUGACACAGAGGACCGCUGGGGUUUGAACGGCCACCAAAAGGCGCUCGGGAGAAACGGCGGCCAUGUCCUCUCUCCAACGGACCCGCUCCUUGCGGAGACCAACGAUGCCGCACGCCGCAGAAGCAGAAGAAGCAUCGCGAAGCGGCUCCCCGAGCCGACUGCCGCUGAUGAGGCCAUCGACGCGCCCUCCGUCCGCAGCCACCACAAGCACCACCACCACGACGACGGCCAGAGCACCUUUACGAAGCACCAGGCCCGCCUCGACGGCGCUCCCACGCCCGGCCUCGCCGCCCACAAGGGCAAACGGGGCGCCUGCGCAGGAUACACAAACAGAAACAGAAACGGCCGAGAAGCAGACGACCCGCCACCCGCCGCCGAGCAUUGCCAGCCGAGCAGCGGCCAGGAACCGGCCCACGUCCGCGGGCAGCGCGAGUGCCCGGCGCGCCCCGACUCACGCUCGUGCCAAGAGCACGGCGGCGACGAGCCUCGCGCCGGCGCCCCGAACGGGCCUCAGUCGCAACGGAGCCGCAGACCGAGGCCCACGGGCCGGCUGGGGUCGCGCUUUGAGCAGCUCGCCCGGGAGAGCGGGAGCGUGUCGGAGCGGGAGCGCCUCGCCGUGGAGAGCGACAACAUUCUCGCCCUGCGACGGUGGGCGCGCAGCGGCAGGUGCGGCGUGGAGGAGAGGACGCGGUGGCUGGGCGAGAUAUUCACGGGGCUGUGGACGCUCGGCGAGCCGGCCGGCCGCCACGCGAGGGUGGUGAAGCGGUUCGAGCGCUGGGCCGCCCGCGUGUGCGACGCCGAGGAGGCCCGGCGCGACGCGGGCAGCGCGGCUGUCCUCCACGGCCACGACUCCCUGUUCGUGGGGGAGCUGGGCGCCGCGUGGAACAGGGAGUGCGUCGCCCUGACGAGACGCUUGGAGACCUGGAGGGCUCGCCUCGCCGACAUGGACGAUUUGCCGGCGAGCGAUGCCUCUAGCUUGGGGAGAAUGCUCGCCGGGGCGACGAGUCUCGUGUGCGACAUGCUGGCCGAGCUACGUGCCAUGGCGGAGAUUGAGCAAGAGGCGCUGGCCAGGGAGGAUGCGUGGAUCGAGAGGGUGAACAGGGCGGGCGAUGACGACGACGACGGCGGCGGCAUGCAUACCCCGAGGGCUGGAGCUGUAUGGCGAGUGAUUUGA